GCUGUCUCUGAUUUUCAACACAGAAAAAACACAGAGGGCAAAGUCAGACGAGAUUUUUCCGUGGUCCGAGAAAAAUCUCCGUUUAGAGACAUUGGAGGGAGCGCGAGUGGCAGAUAAUAUGUGCAAGCUGUGCGUGGACAAGUAGAGUGUUCGGAGCCAGUGUGGGAAAUGUGAAAAAAAGUCUGAGUUGAAACGUGAGUCUCAAAGAAAGAAUCUCUUGUGUCGCAGGGCUUUUUGAGGUCAAUUCGGAGGGCGCCGUGGAAGAGUGCUCGCCAGUUGUGUGUGUGGCCAAGUGGAAUGACCAGGAGGUCUUGGCCAGGAGGAAAUCGAUGGUGUGUGUGAAGGCAGAGAAAGCAAGGACAGGCGCCACAGGAGUAGCCUGAAAAGUGUGUCUCCCACGCAGACGAGCAGCGACUCCAAAAGAAUUUCAAUCCAUUAAUCCAUCCGCGGAGUUGAUUGGGCAGGUGUGGAAGCGGAGGUGGACCCGCAGAGCAACUGAGGCAAAUGUCGACGUGAUCUUGUACGGAGGUGGUUUUUUUUUCUCCUUCUCUUCAGUGUUACUUUUUUCCGUGUGACUUCACUACGGUGUGUAGCUGGGCAUAGUUUGAAUAAUGUGGCGGUGUUUUGGCCCAAAUUGCAUGUACCAACCGUGAAAGUGUGGCAGAGAGAAAAAACGCGAAGUGCUGAAUUCAAAUUCACGCAACUUCUUGGGUUGGCACUGUCGCGCGAAAUCUAGGAGGGCAAAAACGGAGCAAGAAGUUUUCCAGUCGAUUGCAUGAUGGCCACGAGCAAUGCGGGAGGCUCCUCGUGUCACGAUGGUGGUGGAAAUGCAGGGAGUCAGCACAGGAAAGGUCACAGACGGCAAGAGUCAAUGUACGCCCUAACAGGACUGUAUUCAGAAACUGCGGGCGAUGACAGCAGUGUUGAUGCCCCGGCAGAAUCCUCAGAGGAUUCCCAGAGUCGCCAAGAGUGUUCAGAACUGCCCGGAGAUGCAGUGCUGCAAUCGGACGUGGUUAUCCGAUGUCACAGUCGACAGCCGUCCAGCGGAGGUGUCAUAGAUCGGCAUCCAGCGAGUUCUCCGGAUGAGGAUUUAAACAGAGACUGUGGUAUCUGGACAUGUCGACCGAGAAUCGUGCAGAGAUUCGCUCGCAUCAAAGUCUUCGUGUUCCUACUGUCGAUUCUCGUAACGCUGCAACAAGCACUCAGCUCGGGCUAUAUCAACUCUGUGAUCACAACCAUUGAGAAGCGUUUCGACAUCCCAUCGAGCUACUCGGGCGUGAUUGCGUCCAGUUAUGAGAUCGGAAAUGUGAUUACGGUGAUCUUUGUGAGUUACCUGGGCAGUCGAAGGCACAUUCCCGUGUGGAUUGGCAUUGGAGCAGUUAUCAUGGGUGUGGGAUCGCUCGUGUUCAUGGUGCCACAUUUCACGGGUGAGGCGAAUCCGGGGAUUCUGAUUGAGAAUAAGACAUCUGACAACAUCUGUCGAGGAGUCUCUGUGAGGGAGCAGGACAUGGGCUUUGGCCGACUGUCCAGUGGACUCGUGAAUCCUCCAUUGGCACCACACAACAAUCUCCGUGGUGACAACUGCAUUCAGGGCAAAUCCUCGACAUUCGGACCUGUGCUGCUCUUUGUGAUCGCACAGUUGCUUUUGGGAUGCGGUGGAAGUCCUCUGUUUACGCUUGGCACUACGUACGUGGACGAUCACGUAAAGACAGAGAGUUCGUCAAUGUACAUCGGUGCGAUGUACAGCAUGGCAGCUUUUGGGCCUGUUCUGGGCUUCCUCUGUGGCGCCUAUCUGCUGUCCUUCCACAUGGACUCCUUUUCACCAAACCUCAUUGCGAUCGAUCCCGGCGAUAGGAGAUGGGUGGGAAUGUGGUGGGGUGGUUUUCUACUAUGUGGAGUCCUUCUACUGAUUGUGGCAAUUCCGUUCUUCUCCUUCCCCAAGGUGAUGACCCGUGAGAAGAAAAAAAUUCUCAAUGUCACGUCCAAGAGGACCAACCUGACACCAAACAACUCCAACAGUCUCCCAAGGGAGGCGACUGAGCAGCCCAACAAUAUCCAGGCGCCCCAGCCGACGCAGCAGAGUAGGAAAUUUGACUCGGGAUAUGGCAAGGACGUCAAGGAUAUCCCACAGUCCAUGUGGAGGCUUGUGUGCAAUCCAGUGUACGUUGUCACGUGUCUGGGAGCGUGUAUGGAGUUGAUGAUAGUGUCGGGAUUUGUGGUGUUCCUGCCGAAAUAUCUGGAGACACAAUUCAGUCUGGGAAAGAGCCAGGCGAGUGUGUUCACGGGAUCAAUAGCCGUCCCUGGAGCGUGCAUUGGCAUCUUCAUUGGUGGAUGUCUGCUCAAGAGAUUCCAACUGAGCCCACGCGGAGCUGUACAGUUUGUGCUCAUCUCCAAUCUAAUCUGCCUCGCGUGCUACGGCCUACUCUUCUUCCUGGGUUGUGAGAAUGUGAAGAUGGCAGGGACGACGAUACCCUACUACAACAGUGCCAAUCCGGGUGCUGAGCCCUUCACCGUGAAUCUUACUGCGGCCUGCAAUUUUGGCUGUGAGUGUCCGAUGACGGAUGUGGAGCCGGUGUGUGGCAACAAUGGCUUGACAUACUUUAGCCCCUGUCAUGCGGGAUGCACAGCCUUUUCUUCGAGAUCCAACUACACCAACUGUGCCUGUGUCCAUUCCAAUAUCACGAACGUGUACAGUGGCAGUGGAGGAAGUCAGGCUCAGGCCUCGAUUGCGUCGCCAGAUUUUGCAGAAGUCACUGUUGUACCCGUCGCCACAGCGGGUCCGUGCAAUUCACCCUGUCGCACGAUCUAUCCAUUCCUCAUUCUGCUGUUCUUCAUGACAUUCAUUGUGGCAGCCACGCAAAUGCCUCUCCUCAUGAUUGUCCUCCGAUCGGUCUCGAAUGAGGAAAGAUCAUUCGCUCUGGGCAUGCAGUUUGUCAUCUUCCGUUUGUUUGGCUAUAUUCCAGCUCCGAUUGUCUUCGGGAGUUUAAUAGACUCAACAUGUCUUCUCUGGAAAUCGACUUGUGGCGAGAGUGGAGGAAGAUGUUUGAUUUAUGACAUUGAAAAAUUCCGCUACAAGUACGUGGGACUGUGCACAGGAAUCAAGAUAGUAGCUCUGGCCAUCUUCUUUUUGGACUGGUGGCUGGUGAAACGACGGAAGCACUUGGAGAUGGGCAAACCGUUGACGACAAAUGAACUGGUUUCAGGCAGCAUUAUUAGCUUAGACAAAUUUGACGAUCCCGCCGAUCGCGAAACCAGCUGCGAUCCGGCAACAAAGAAGGUGCUAAUCGCUUCUCGGCACAUUCGCAAUGACUCCAGAAGUAUUCAGCUGGAGAUGUUGUAUGAUCAGACCGAUGACAGUGGCAAAGUACCGCGAAAGACACACAAGAGGAGCAGUUCGUGUGACGUCAAGAUCACGAGGAGCAACUCCAAGGAGUAUGAGAGUGACGGGAAGACGAGAAAGGUGCGCAAGAGCCAUUCUAGGAACAGUUCUAAGGAUUAUGAUCAGGAGUUUCGGCAGAAGUUGACCAACUUCAGGAACAACUUCAAGGAGGACGCUCUACUCAAUAUCAAGAAUGCCCUGUCGGCACGUGGACACAGGCGCAACAAUUCCUACGACUACAAGAAUGUUAAUAAGAUGUUCAAUUGUGCCCGCAAGAACUCCAAAGAGGUGAAUUUCUCAGACGUGAAUCUCCUGCGCGUGAUGGCAAACGCAGCUGUGGUGGAAGGUGGGAAGUUUGUGGCGGAAGAAGAACUCAUCCCGACUGUGAAGUACACGCAUUCGCGCACCAACUCCAAGGACUACAAUGACGCCAUGCUGAAGCCCGAGGGCACGAACUUGCGCCAUCGUAGGCUCAGCUCCAAGGAUCUCAAGUCCAUUGUCGUCACGGCGUCGCAUGGGAUCCUAACGGACGGCGCUGGGCAUCGACGCAAUUCGUCGCAGCACAAAAUCCAGAUAGAUCAAGAAGUGCCGGAACUCAAGCAGACAUUGCUGAAAGGCAGUCAGAGUGACGAUAACUUCCUCAAAGGUAAGGAUCUGAACAAUUGUGUCUGAUAUCAAUGGUGAAUCUCAUACCAUAAUUUCUAUAUCGUCAAUUUUCACUCAUCUUACAAGAUAAAUGUUUAAGAGAAUGAGAAGCAACAAGGAGAUAGUCUAAUUAUGGGUGUACAGGUCGUGGAUUGAGGAAAACGCGCUAAAAAUUGCUGUUUAAUCUUGCUAAUUGGGGGCAUUAUGAAGUGUUUCCAACGGUGAAAAUGGACAUUCUCUUUAGAAAGAAGUUCAUGAGAAGAAAAUUUCGUCAAUGAAGAAAUCAGUGCGUGCAAUUUCACGUCCACUGUCUGUGGUAUGGCGUGGUGAAGAAAGAGAAAUGCAUGUAAUACUAACAGUUUUAAAAAUGCAAAUGAAAGCGAAAGAGAGUAAAUUAUUAAUUUAGUAAUUUUGUUAUAUAAAUUAUAUACAUAUAAAAGAGAGAUGAUAUAUCGAGAGGAAAGCGAGAGAAAGAGGUGUGCAAAUGAUGAACAGUGGAAGAGUAUAGUAGGAAAUUGAAUAAUCUAGUGCUGUGAAGAUGGUUUUACUACAACACAAGGAAAGAUAAAGAAAAAAAGAAGAAACGUAUGUAUAAUAAAAAAAAACUAAUGAAUAACUGUAGAAGAUAGCAUCAAGAUGAUUUUAUAUUAGAGAAACUGAUAACGAAAGAGAUAAAAUGAAUGCAAUUUACACAGACUUGUAAUACUAGGACAAUUAAGAAAAGGGGAUUUUAUCAUGUUGGCGGAAGGUGGGGAAAGUGAUAAGAACUGCCCUUUCCAGCUACCUAUCACACUUCCAAGAGACGUCAUUCUUUUAUUUUAUCCAAUCUUUUAUGACUUGUAUCACUGAAAAGCAUUUAUAUGGCACCACCUUCUGUUUUUUUUUUAUUAUUAUUUCUGCUAUCGAUUGCAAACAUUACAAUGUUAUUGUGACUUUUCCAGGUGAAUGAUAUAAUUACUUUUUUUCCGAAAAUACACACACAUUUUAAAACAUUUUAUCGCCAUGAGUUCACAUUUUUAUUGCUGUACUGUGAAGAGGGGAAAAAAGUGUACAAAGCAGAGAAAGAAAGAUAGAGAGACCGCUAAAAAGCUGAGAGAGUGAAUUGAGAUAAUAUAUGCAACACUUAGUGCAAUUAUGUAAUUGAUUUAAUUUAAUUUCCAUAUCACUCCUCAAUUUGUUUGCGAGAGUGCACGAGAGAGAGAGACGUAUAUAUUUCAGUAGAAUUUAUGUAAAUGAAUUUAAAUAUAAUCAACACUCAUAGAAGAGACGAGAAAGGCCCUAUAAUUCCUAUAUGAAAUGCAGAAAACAUUAUUAUGAUUCCUAGAGCAUAAGCAAGAAUAGUGAAAACGAAUCCAUAUUCAAUUCUCACAUCUAAACAGUGAUAGAGAGUCUAUAUAUAUAUAAAUAUAUUUUAUUUUUAUCUCCAGAAAAGAAUGGUGUGAAUAGUAGAGAACAUUUUCAAUUUAACUGCAAAAAAGAAUUCUAGUGCGAGCGAGAGAGAAAGAGAGAAAUCAUUCUAUUUUUGCACACAAUUUAUAGUUCACCGUUUUACUCUUUCGAUUUUAUGGAAAACCAAAAAUAAGACAUGUGAAAUAAUAGUGCAAGUUAAAAUGGAACGAAAUGUUGUCAAACUACGCGAUGAAAGACAGAAUCUGUAUCUUAGGCUCAAUCUAUAGCUUUUUAAUUGUUUUUACUUAAUGGAUAGAAAGCCAGAGAGACAGAGUUUUAUGUGCAAAAAAGAUGUUACAAAAAGAUGUUGAUACAUUUUCUGGGUGAGAUGUGAUUUUAUUUGUCUAUUGCCCGAUCGCGCCAUCCAUUCGAUUCUCUGCUGCAACGAUGAACUUUUAAUCUAUAGAGAUCGUGUAGAUUUUAUAGUUGUUUGUCUCAAAUGGUAAUUUCUCUAUAUUUAAAAACGGAGAUUAGGUAAUGAAUUCAUGAAAGUAAAGCUUGUUAGAAAUUUGAUGAUCUGCGUAUUUUUAGCUUAUAUACUAUUUAUCCUUUGCCAAACACUGUAUCUUUAUUUUUACUCACAUUUUACACUUGCCUUAAUUGUGUUCUUGUAUAAUUCACUCAACUCUUAACUGGUGAAUCUCAAUUAGUGUAUACACAAAUUGCAUGAGUUUUGAAUGGCAGGUGCGAUUCACAUGAGAAUCUCCAAAUAUUUAUUUUUUCCACACUAUAAAUACGAUGGAUAAAUAAAAUCGUGUCGUACAAUUAAAAAGAAUGGUGAAGAUGCCAGACUUUGAUUAAUGUAAUGAGUGUGAAAGGAAAAAAUCAUAGCAAUAAUUUGAACUGAUGGAGAAAAUAUUCAAUUAUCGCACCAUUUUGGUGAAUUGCAAGAUGCAUAGAUGGAGAGAAAGAGAGAGAGAGAGAGAGGAUAUAUUGGUGGAGAAAAUAUCAAAAUGCCUUACAAUAAAGUUGAGAUUAUAAUAGAGAGGA